GCCUCCCACCGACUAUCACCGGGAAACUCGACACUGUUGUUGACACAUUAGACAGAAGAAAUACUUUGAAUAGCAUUCAUGAUUUGUUUACGAGGAUACUACGAUUGAUUUAAAUAAAAUUAUUCAAUUGUCAAACUCAUUCAAAUGAUGAGUUCACCGGUAUCCAUAAGCAAUACUGGUACCACAGCUGGUGCUAUUGGUAUGGAAACAGUGGUAGCUGUAGCACUUGGUGCACUUGCUGCUGUUUUCCUUGGAGCAUUUUUAGUAUUGCUUGUAAUUUGUAAAAGGCAGCGAUGUUAUUAUAAUCAAAAAGAUUCUCCAGACUUGAGCUCAGAUUUAUUAGAAGGAGAGAAAUUUUCUGGUUUAGGCUUGGAUGCGUGGGAAAGUGACGAGUGGCUGGCUGGUGCUGAAAGAUGGGUCGACGAUGCAACUGGCUUAGCUCCAUUAUGUAUCGCUGUAUUAAGAUCUUGCCAUGCAUUGGCUUCGAGCCUGACUGCUAUUGCAGGAACAGUGAACAGUAAUACUGUUCCGUUGGAAAUAGUUGAUGUUGCUAGACGUAUUCCACCACGUGUAGAUGAUGUGGUUAGAAGCUUAUAUCCACCGUUAGAUGCCAGACUUCUGGAAGCCAGAGUAGCAGCGUUAGUAUUAGCUGUUACACAUUUGGCGUUAGUUACUAAACAUGGAGUAUCAAAAAGUCAUGCCAGAAAAUUAGCAUUCAUCGAUCAGGCUUUGAGCGACAUGGAUUCCCAUUUAUCUAUUCUGAGGAAUGCUGCGUUAGCACAGGAGAUUGCUUGCUCUGUUCCAGCUUCGACACCUGUUUAAGUAGCUGAAUCUCCUUUUCGUGGUUUUGGGUCUUUACACUAGGUUUCUUCAAAACUCUGUACGAGAUUAAAGGUAUACAUAGUAUUAUGUA